CCUUUCUCUUUUUAUCACUCCAGCUUGUGUGCUUGUGCUGCUGCUGCUGAGGCUGUGAGUAUCGAGCGUCACUCUACAUCCGACAACAGACAUGGCAACAGUGGUCCAGCCCCUGACAUUGGACAGAGAUGUUGCUCGUGCUAUACAGCUGUUAGAGAAGCUGGAGACAUCAGAAGAACUCCCAGUGCAAAAGCUGCAAUCACUGAAAAAAGUACUACAGAGUGAAUUUUGCACGGCCAUAAGAGAGGUAUAUCAGUACAUGCAUGAAACCAUUCCCGUAAAUGGAUGCCCAGAAUUCCGUGCUCGUGCCACAGCCAAGGCAACCGUCGCUGCUUUCGCUGCCAGUGAAGGUCAUUCUCAUCCCCGGGUAGUGGAGCUUCCAAAGACUGAUGAAGGACUUGGCUUUAAUGUUAUGGGAGGCAAAGAACAGAAUUCCCCCAUUUAUAUUUCCCGCAUCAUUCCAGGAGGAGUGGCAGAGAGACAUGGUGGAAUCAAACGGGGUGACCAACUGCUUUCUGUCAAUGGAGUGAGCGUAGAAGGGGAACAUCAUGAAAAAGCAGUGGAAUUGCUCAAAGCUGCUAAAGACAGUGUGAAACUGGUAGUGCGAUACACACCAAAGGUGUUGGAUGAAAUGGAAGCUCGCUUUGAAAAGCUAAGGACUGCUAGACGGAGACAACAGCAGCAGCUAUUAAUACAGCAGCAGCAACAGCAGCAACAGCAGCAAACACAGCAAAACCAUAUGUCGUAGUUUUUUCUCAAGAAAAAAGCACUGACCUAACGAACAACAAAGAAGUUAUUCAGCUGAGUUUCACCAGUUCAGACAGUACAUGGUGCAGGAAACCCAACGAAGAGGAAUUAUUUGGCAGAGGUGUUACUAAGUUUUCCCUACAUUGGUGGCCAUUUAGUAGAUAGCAAGAUCUUUUUGUUUUGGACUUCAAAUAUUUGAUGUGAUCAUUUUAUUCAAUAUUGUUUAAAGGAGAUAAAGAAGUAUGUUACUGAUAAGUUCAUUAUAUGUAGUUGGACCAGGUCGCCUGCAAUCGUCUAGAAGCAUUCAUGCCAAACUGCAUCAGUUUACUGAAAAACAUUUCCGUAUGCUGCAAAAGUGCAACUGAAGGACACUUUGCCAUCCAACUCUUGAGAAAGACAACUCCCCACAAUCUCAGCUAGGACUUGCCAUUCAUAACUGUUGGAAGGCCAUUAGUUUGACCUCCCUGUGAUAAAAGAACUAUAUACUGUAUAUUGUAUAACUGACAUGUUGUUUGUAAUAAAAUUCUGUAUUUUUCCUUACAA